AUGCUCAGAUGAAAUACUACAGUUACCCAGCGGCUCGGCAGCUUCGCUGUGGUGCCUGCGCCAAGCUUGUGACACAGCAGCUCCAGAGACACCUGAACACCGCUGCAGCUCCACCAGCCCAGCUCCAGCAGGAGCAGAGAAAAGCACGGAGAUGCUCACCCUGCUGCUGACCACCCUUGUCCUCUGCCUCGCUGGGUCUGUCUUGCCAAACGAAGACAUAGAGAUUAUAGAGAGCUGCAUGCAGGACCUGGAUGUGGGGCUGGAGGAGGGCAACCCCCAGUACAACUGGGACAGGUUAAAUCGGCUUGAGCAGGCGCUAGCCCGCAGCAAACCCGGCAAGGAGGGAUGCCACUUCCAGACCAAUCUGGUCGAGGCCCACGUGUAUAGUGUCUCGGCAGACAGCUUCAAAGGUUUAAACCUCAGCAGCAGUGCGGCAAAGAGCAACGGGCGAAGCAAGGCACAGCCCAAGCACGCCAUGAGAUUCCCAGAGGAGCUCACGCACGGCAUGCGGGCACGGGAGGAGCACAAGCUCAUCUGCAUUUACAUCCACAGUCCUUGCAUCUUCCUGGACGAGCAGAACAGCUCUGUACUGAACAACCACAUCCUGGGAGCCUUCCUGCAAAACAGGGCCGUGACUGGGCUCGGGCAACCCGUGGAGAUCCAGUUCUGGCACAACCUGGUGCUGGAUGCCUCCAACGCAACCUGUGUCUUCUGGGUGCCUGGAGCUGGCGCAGGCAGAGCAGGCAGCUGGAGCAGAGAGGGCUGCAAGACCGAGCACAGAGAGGGCACCGUUGUCUGCCACUGCAGCCACCUCACCUACUUUGCCGUCUUGAUGAUCCAGGCACAAAACCUGAGCCAGCCUGUGCUGGAGUCUCUCACCUACAUCAGCACCGUGGGCUGCUCCAUCUCAGCCGCUGCCACCUUCUGCACCCUCCUGCUCUGCUGCUUCUUCAGGCGCCGGCCAAAGGACACCACGACCAGGAUCCACAUGAACCUCCUGGCUGCACUGUUCCUGCUCAAUGGCAGCUUCCUGCUGAGCAAGCCGCUGGCCACCGGCACCAAGGAGCUCUGCCAGGCUGCUGCUGCCCUGCUCCACGGAAGCCUCCUCUGCUCCCUGGCGUGGAUGGGUGCUGAGGCCUUCCACCUCUACCUCCUCCUCGUCAAGGUCUACAACAUCUACAUUCAGCACUACCUCCUCAAGCUCUGCCUCUGUGCUUGGGGUCUGCCCACGCUGGUUGUGAUUGCUGUUGUGAUCUUCAGGGGAGAAACCUAUGGGCACCAUGCCAUCAGCACCACUGACGGCUACCAGAAUACGAACAUGUGCUGGCUCACCAGCAAGCCGGCCCACUUUGUCACCCUGUGCUAUGCUGGCCUCAUCCUGCUCUUCAACACGCUGAUGCUGGCGGCCGUGGUAGUAAUGCUGAGGAGGAUCAAGAGCCAGAAGGGGCAGGCGAGAAGGGACUGGGCGACGGUGCUGGGGCUCACCUGCCUGCUGGGAACCACCUGGGGCUUGGCCUUCUUCAGCUUCGGCGUCCUUCUCAUCCCCCAGCUCUACCUCUUCACCAUCCUCAACUCCCUGCAAGGUCUCUUCAUCUGCGUGUGGUACAUCACCACAUACCACCGCAGCAGGUCCAGCUCUGACAGCAGCACCUCCAGAUAACAUGUCCUGCUGAGGGGCUGUGGGGAUCCAGGAGCCGCCAAGGAAGUAUCGGAGCUGCAAAGGAGCUGCCCAGAGCCAGGGGCCUGCAGCCACCCGCAGCACCACUGCUGUGCCCAGCUGCCCUGCACCACCCCGGACACUUGGCCCAGGGGGGCCCUUCUGCCCCCCUCACUUUUACUGGAACUGACUUCUCCCACAGGGUGCAAAUGGGCUGGAGCAGAGCAGGACAUGGGACAGCCAGCCACUGGCAGCCUCUAUCUCACAGCAAAGCAGCAGGCACUGGUCAUGGUGAUCAUUCUCCCCAGCAUCUCCUCCUCCAAGAGUGAGGUCAGGGACAGUGGCUGCCCACAGCCCCAGUCGCCAGCAAUCACGCACACAAGGGCUUUGGCUUAGUGAUUCUGCAGUAGAGAGGAGGGUGGUAAAUGAGUAAGUGAGCUGACAGCAAAGAUAAAUUGGCUUUCCUCUCUUCUCUCUUAUGAAACUGGACUCAGAGCAGAGCUCUUCAAUGCAAAUAAACUCUUUAUCAGGGUUUAAACA